AUGAAUCAAAAAACCCUUACAACCUUAAUUGUUUUUGGGGUGGGACUUGUUAUUCUCGCUUCUACAUCUUUGUUUACAGUAUACCAAACAGAAAAAGUUUUGGUUUUUCAACUAGACGAACAUAAACGUACGAUUGAAAAGCCCGGUCUAAACUGGAAAAUUCCUUUUAUUCAAAGAGUUGUGCGCUACGAUCGUCGUCUUCAAGGGGAUACUUUGCUUCCUUUAGAAGUCACCGCAGGAGAUCAAAAAAAGAUCAUUAUUGAUUUAUAUGCACGUUACCUGAUCAAAGAUCCCUUGCGAUUCUUUAGAACAGCGACACGUCCAGAAAUUUUCCGAGAACGUUUAACCUCUUUUGCAAAAUCUGCCAUGCAAGAAGUUCUAGGACGUUAUCCUUUAGCCAAUCUUUUAUCCCAAGAUCGUUCUAUCAUUAUGGAACAGAUCCAGGAAAAAGUUCGCUUAGAAUCAGAAAAAUACGGUGUCGAAGUACGCGAUGUACGUAUUGUUCGAGCCGAUCUUCCAAAAGCAAACAGUGAUGCUGUUUAUCGUCGCAUGCGAAGCGACCGUGAACGCAUUGCAAAAAUGCUACGCGCAACAGGAGAUGAAGAAGCAC